AUGGCAGCAGUAGCAAGAUCUCUCGCGUCUUGUCUUUUCUGCAAGAUUAUCAAAGGAGAAAUCCCGAGUUUCAAACUCAUCGAGACUGAUCUCUCAUUCUCCUUCCUCGAUAUCGGACCUCUUUCGCGCGGACAUGCCCUAGUCAUUCCAAAAGAUCACGGCGAAAAACUCACCGACGUCGACGACGCUUUCUUAGCCGAUACACUACUCGUCUCAAAACGUAUCGCUGGAGCUUUGGGAUGCGACAAUUAUAACAUCCUCCAGAACAAUGGUGAGCUCGCGCACCAGGUGGUAAAACACGUCCAUUUCCACGUUAUUCCCAAACCCAACGCUGAACAGGGUCUUGUAAUCGGUUGGCCGACUCAAGAAGCGAACAUGGAUGAGUUAAAGGUGCUGCAUGAGGAGUUGUCAGCAAAGUUGAGAGUGGGGGAAGGAAACUAGUUCUUGAAAGUUUUUUUUACAUAUGAGUGACAGAAUGUUUACUUAAAAUGCUAAAAUGCUAAUGUAAAUUGUAUAGUAAAUAAGAAUUCGAAAUGCUGUAAUUUAAUCUAUAUGGAGACACUGCUGCUGUCUUCGGACUUUUUC